AUGCGCCCUAUCUGUACAGUUGUGGAUGGUUUACCAUCUGAAGGCACCUUAAGCUCGUUUCCUGGCCCUGUUUCUGUCUUUGAAAUGUCGAUGCUUCGUGCUUUAGACCCAGUCCAGACCUGGCUGGGACAGGAGCUGGAGAAAUGUGGUAUUGAUGCCAUGAUUUACACAAGAUAUGUUUUAAGUCUUCUGCUGCAUGACAGCUAUGACUACGACCUUCAGGAACAGGAAAAUGACAUCUUUUUGGGCUGGGAAAAGGGAGCUUGCAAGAAGUGGGGAAAAGGCAAGAAAAAGAGUUCAGAUCUCUCCAUGGAAGAAAUGAAGAAACAGGCUGCAGUUCAGUGCCUACUUUCAGCUUCUGAUGAAAGUUCUGGAAUUGAAACCUUAGUUGAAGAGCUUUGCUCCAAACUGAAAGAUCUCCAGAGUAGCCAAGAUGAGAAGACUAGCAAGACUGUAGAUGGAUUGCUGUCACCAGAAGCUACAUCAUCUCUAGCAAGAAAGGAUCAGGCUGAAAUGUAUUAUGAAGCUUUUCCACCUCUGUCAGAAAAGCCAGUUUGCCUCCAAGAAAUAAUGACCGUGUGGAACAAAUCAAAAAUCUGCUCUUAUUCUAGCUCCUCCUCAUCUUCUACUGCCCCACAAACAAGCACCGAAACUCCAUCACCAAAGAAUUGCAACAGUGAGAAUGAAACCAUAGUGACCAACAAGAAUGGAGCUUCUAACACUGUACAGGCAAAAAACCAUCAAAGAAAAGGCAAGAACGAGAAAGAGAAUAAGUUUAGUAACCUAGCAACAGAUGCUAAAUCUGGUAUAUCAAAAAGUGUAAGGCGCAAGUCAAAUGGAAAAAUCCGCCCUCGAUCUUGGUCAUCUGGAUCGAGCGAAGCAGGCUCAAGCUCAAGUGGUAAUCGGGGAGAAACAAAAACACGUUUUGUCAAAGUAAGGCAAAAAAUUAGGGAUGUCCGGAACAAGAAGGGGAAAACCAGCCCCAAAACUCUGUCCAAACAUGUUGAGAGAAAAAAUGUUGCAGCUAGCAGCGGUAGUAGUGCAGGGUCUGUGAAAGCACUCUGCAAGAGAGUAAAACGUCAGAUAAAAGAAUAUGCAUGGAAAGACUUGGGCAAUGAAGGAAAGGUCUUUGAAGAGAGAAAAAAAGACACAGAAUUCAGAGAGGAGCCUUUGUGGUAUACUGAACCCAUGACAGAAUACUUGAUUCCUUUGAAUGGUAAAAGUAAAUUAGAAACUGCAUACAGAAGACAUCAGAAUUGGCAUAACGCAUCAGAAGAGAUGGAAGAGUUGUCAGAGAUUGUAAAAGAUCUUCAUUUAAAUAACCACAAAAUUCAUGAAACAUACCUCGGAGCAGGUACCUUUAUUGAGGGUCACUUUGUAGAAAUGCCUGCAGUCAUAACAGGGGCUAGUGAUUCCACAGGGACCUCUAACUGUUCUCUUCCAGAGGACAACUAUUUGGAUGACGUUCAUCCUGUAGAAUAUACACACUUCUAUGAAGUGGAUAUUGAUAAAUCCAUGUUGGAUCCUGGUGCCUCAGAUAAGGUGAAAGGAGAAAGUCGAAUCUUGAAUAUGAUUCGACAAAAGAGCAAACUGCAAAGUGAUUUUGAGGCUGAAUCUUGCAAAGUGUUAGAUGAGGAUUUGCAAGGGGGGAGUGCAAUAUGGACAGAAUCAACCAGUUCUAUUGGUGCUGAAGAUUUGUUCUUGCAAGACCACAGUAAAUUAGCUCAAUUUUGGGAGUCCUAUUCACCCUCAAGCUCAGUAGACGCAGAUGGGGAGAGUUUGGGAGGUGACUCCCCCAGUAUCUUUUCCCCUUUUUUAGACAGCACAAUGCUUAGUGCUCACAUGCAUGCAGGCAAUCAAGAUUUAUUUUUGGAUGGAACCGGCUCUUAUUUUUCAGUGUUUGAAGUACAAUGCAGUAACUCUGUACUUUCGCUGCCCAGGGAGCAGAUGUUAAAAGAGAGAGGCAAAUCAGAGUCUUGUUCCAGCAUGAAUAGGUUUGGAAAAACUCAGUCGCGAUUACUUAUAUGGACCAAAAACAGUGCCUUUGAUGAAAAUGAACAGUGUUCAAACCUUUCAACUAGAACAUGCAGUCCAUGGUCACAUUCAGAUGGAACACGAUCGGAUACAGAGGCUCUGAACAGUCGUUUAGAAGAUUACAGUCAGUUGAAUGCAGAAGACUCCGAUUACAUAAUUCCUAGAGUUACCGUAACCUUUCAACAGGAUAAUCCAUUUAUGCAGAACAGGACUUUGACUGAAGAAUCAGGGCUGGUUUUGGGGAAAAAAUCAAAGCUGGAGUCACUUUGCGGCAUUCAGCUUGAACAGGAAAAUGAGGAGAUAUGUGACACUAUAGAGGCUGAGAGCAAAAACGGCCAUCAUACACAUGGAUACAGCUCAGGGGUCAUCAAAGACAUUUGGACAAACAUCGGACACCAUUCUGAAAGAGCGGAAGACCAGCUCUUCCCACUAGAUGUAAAUGUUUUUAGUUGUCAUGAAGCUAAUGCUACAUGCGAUCCUUUUCAGGAGCCCAGUAAGGCUGUUCAGAGGUCCGAGUACCAUCUUUGGGAAGGUCAAAAAGAUCUUGCAGAAAAGCGAACCUUUCUCUCGAGUAAUUCAUCAAAAGUUGAUGCUGGCGAUUACACAACUCCAUCCAAACCCUGGGAUAUUAACCAUGUGAAAGAAAACUCCUUCAUUCUUGGAGGUGUUUAUGGUGAGUUCAAAAACAUCAGUGGUGAGGAUGAGUGGGCACUGGCACCACAGAGUCCUGAAAAAACAAGCCUACUGGAAUGUGCUGCCUCUGACGUUGUUACAAUAGCAGGAACAGAUGUGUUUAUGACUCCAGGAAACAGUUUUGCUCCUGGCCAUAGGCAGUUGUGGAGACCAUUUGUUUCAUUUGAAGAUGAGCAUAGUGAAGAUAGAAGCUCAAACAAAGGUUUUUCUUUCAUUUUGCAUGAAAAUUUGCUUGGAGCCUGUGAUAAUUUCCAGGUUGAGCAACCAGGAAUGGGCUACUCUUUCUCUUCUUAUGAGUUGAACAAUAGAUUUUCACAGGUUCUUCAUGUUGAAUGUUCAUUUGAACCUGGAAGCAUCAUUAACAGUAGUCCUAGUCACAAACCAAAAGUCUUGUGUUCAGACUCAGAAGGCGAGGCAAAUCAACCAAGGAUUUGUGGAGUGGAUAGAACACAAUAUAGAUCGAUAAGAAUCUCCCCACGUACUCACUUCCGCCCAAUAUCUGCAUCUGAACUUUCUCCAGGAGUAGGAAGCGAAUCUGAUUUUGAAUCUGAGAAAGAUGAGGCAGCUGCGCCUACUCUUUCUGAGGGAGAAGUGUUGGAGGAUCCACAGGAUGAUCUUAAACCGCUUGAAGAAGAUGCUGAAAACGAAGGUCAUUUUUAUGGAAAGUCUGAGCUUGAAUCGGGGAAGUUUCUGCCUAGAUUGCAGAAGUCUGGCAUGGAGAAAAGUGCACAGACUUCUUUAGACGGUCAAGAAGAAUCCUUUGGAGUUUUGCCAUUAGAGAAACAUGACAAUUUAGACUUUAGAGUUAUAGAGUCGUUUGAAAGUGACGUGAUGGAGAACUCAAAAACAAAUUGCAAAAUGGAGUUGGAAAAAGAAGUGAAUGGAAUAGGAGACCUGAAAUCGGGAUGCGACUCUACAGCUUGUGUAGAGAUGGGAGAGGUAUGUAGAAGAUUGUUUUCUUGA